AUGCCGGAAACAACUGAAAUUGUUUUCGAUUUGAUCCCGUCGGCGGCUAGGUCAAGCUUAACCAAGCGUCUGGCUCUGUUACGUGCGCUUUCCGUCACUAAGCCUCGACUUGGCUCCUCUUGGGGAUUGAUUAAUCGUCGCCAAUCUUCUAAUCUCACUAAAGAUGCAAAGUUUCGAGAUGCAAAGGUUAGAUCUGAACCAUCUAAACCUAAAGAUAAAUCGGAUCAGGUUUCGGCUGAGUUUAAACAAUGGGAAGAAGAAAGAAGCGAAAUGACAGCCGGUCUAAGGCGUGUAAUUGAAAAGGCUGGAGAGGAGAGCGCUAAGGUGUUCUUCACUGGUGGACUUGUCCUCGUCACUGCAUCAUCCGUAGGUGGAACCUUCGCGUCCAAAAAUCCAACACUCGUGACGUCUGAAGCUCCGAGUUAUCCUCACUGUCACCCUACUCCUACUCCUUCUCAUGCUUCUAGUUUACCACAAGCACCUGCCUCUAGAUGA